AUGCACCUAAUGAAUAUAUUCUCUUCGUGCCUUCUCCUGUUUCUUCCCACAAGUGUUGGAAGUGCUGGAGUUCCAUCAGUAUGCGUCGUGCGAGAGGUCCAAGACUUCCGAAAAGUCUACGAGUGUGUGCAAGGUUAUGAACGAGUUGUCUAUGGAAACAUAAAACGAUGUGCACAAAAAUGUCAUUCUUUGUUCUAUUGCAAGAAGAAACCGCAUCCAAAGUACAAGAAGGUCUACGUGUGCGUAGGACGUUAUCCUCGAAAAGAGUACAGAAAACUGAAGGAUUGCGAGUUGAAAUGCAAGGAAAGCAUCUGCUACAAAGUACCACUGGAUGAUGUCAAUAUAUCCGUGUAUGUAUGCAGAUUGUGCACCCCAGAAAGUGGUAAUCCAGGAUUCUUCAGAACCAUGGAUGAAUGCCUUAAUUAUUGCAGCGGUCAGCAGGAAACACUACAUCCAUCGCCGUCUACUUCAGCGGAUCCAACAGCCUCAUCCUCUGCUCUUACUACUUCAAUAGAUUCAGUAACAACAUCGGGUUCUUCUACUACUGCCACCAUGACUACAUCGGAUGAUCUUGAAAAUGUGACAACAACAGAAGCUGUGCCAAAAACGACGACUGCUGGUACGAUUACUUCCAGUGCCACUGUUGCUGCUAUUACAACCAGAUGGAUGGAAGGCUGGGGCCGAUGUACCGAAGAAAGCAGACCAUAUGCUGGUUCAUAUUUCACAGUUUACAUUUGCAACGACGUUGAUAACGGCGAAUUUCCUUAUGGAUCACUGGAGGACUGUCUGGAAGAUUGUGGAGCGACUCCACCCGAUACAACGCCUACUGAUAUCACAACAGUCAUAUAUGAUGACUUUAACACAAGUCCAGAACCUUCUGAAGGCACGCCGAUGGAUUCGACACCUUCAUCACAAGCACCUUCAAGUGUCACCGCAGGGCCUAGCACUGCUUCCACGGAUUCGGAGACUUCUGGUGCAACGGUGGAUUCCACAUCCUCAGACGUACCGCCUACUGACGUAACUCCUGCAUCGACGGAUUCUUCCUCGGGGACAACCAUCCUUAGGGGACCAACGCCGGAGGAGCCACUUGAGUCGGAAGGCCAACAAAGAAUUGUUACAAUAACGCCGCCUACCAAGGUUACGACACCAGCACCUGCGGAAUCUUCGACGGAGACAAAAACUCCUGAAGGACCGACGCCGGAGGGCCCACUCGAGUCAGAAGGGCAACAAAGAAUCGUUACAAUAACGCGGCCUCCAACAGUUACAACACCCGUACCUGCGGAAUCUUCGACGGGCACAGAUGCUUCCGAAAGCACAGACUCGUCACCUAUAACAGAUGAUGUCUCACUGCCUGAUGCCACAUCGUCUACACCUUUGGAAUCAUCUACCGGUAUCGAAGAUUUCGAUAACUCAACAGAUGACUGUUAUAUUUUCUCAAUUUCACCUCAAGGUUCCACGCCCAGCGUGCCCCUGGACACAGAAACUUCUGCUGCUACGAUGGACACAUCACCUGCGCAAGAUGUUACAACAUCGCCUGCCAGUGCUACAACGCCUAUAUCAGAAUCGUCGACGACCUCAGGAGAUUACGAAUACACAGAAGAUCACGAAGGCGAAACGAUGAAGACAUCAACCGUGACCCAAGCUGUGCUGUACUGCAAGAAGAAACCGCAUCCGGUGUAUAUUAAGGUCUACGUGUGCGUAGGACGUUAUCCCCGGAAAAUGUACAGAAAACGGGAGGAUUGCGAGUUAAAAUGCAAGGAUUCUACAACCUCGCCUGCUACUGCUACAACGCCUAUAUCAGUAUCGUCGACGACCUCAGAAGAUUACGGAUACGUCACAGACGAUUACGAAAACGAAACGAUGGAAUCAUCAACCGUGACCGAGGUACCUUCAACAAGCAGUCAACAAUCUGAGGAUACAACUUCCGGCUCGCCAUCGAAAUCUAAAGAAGGAGAAUCCUCUGCCACAGAAAAACGUGGCGAUGGUAUACUAAUUACAUCCCCAGCACCUUCGACUAGCGCAACCCCUGAAGACACCACUGCAGACACACCAACCACAGAAGUGUUUGCAAAUGUCUCAAAAGCUGGUAGAAGAGGUCCAGGAUCUGAAAUUGAUGAUUCGACAAGCACUGGAAGCACAACUGUGGACUCAUCAGCUUCAACAGCAAUUACAAAUGUUACAGGAGAAUCAACCUCUGACGAAGUGACGAGCUCGCCAGUCUCGACGGAAGUAAUGACUACGGAUGCUACAACACAUUCAACGGAAUCUUCCGUUGGGCCGGAAAUUCCCGAAGACACUAUGAAAGAAUCACCGGCAACGGAAGUAGUUACAUUAUCAACUGAUGCCACACCAUCUGAGCCAACGAAACCUCCAGCCGGCCCAGAAACUCCUGGAACACCAGAAGGUAUGUUGAUUGCUUGUAUGACAAUUAUUCUCGCUACAUAA